UCAGCAGCAGCAUCCUACGGACCCGCAGCUCGAGGCUGACUUUUUAUAAAACACACAAUAAAAACAACGCUAGAAUAGAACAACACUCCCGGCAGAUAUCUUUAACUACUAGUGGCUCGACACCUUUUUGAAUUAGCUCUUUUUUUCCUCCACCGUCCUCGCAGGUUUUUUCCCCCCGCAGCUCCAGACAUCAGACCGGACUUCUCUCCCGUUGGUCGGCUCCGCACUCUCGCAAGGCAAAAUGGGGAAACAGAACAGCAAGCUGACCCCUGAAGUGAUGGAGGACCUGGUGAAGAACACAGAGUUUAACGAACACGAGCUGAAGCAGUGGUACAAGGGUUUCCUGAAGGACUGUCCCACCGGCCGGCUCAACCUGGACGAGUUCCAGCAGCUCUAUGUCAAGUUCUUCCCGUACGGAGACGCGUCCAAGUUCGCCCAGCACGCCUUCAGGACCUUCGACAAGAACGGCGACGGCACCAUCGACUUCAGAGAGUUCAUCUGCGCCCUGUCCAUCACAUCACGAGGCAGCUUCGAGCAGAAACUCAACUGGGCCUUCAACAUGUACGACCUGGACGGAGACGGCAAGAUCACACGGGUGGAGAUGCUGGAGAUCAUCGAGGCGAUCUACAAGAUGGUGGGCACUGUGAUCAUGAUGAAAAUGAACGAGGACGGCCUGACGCCCGAGCAGAGGGUGGACAAGAUCUUCUCCAAGAUGGAUAAGAACAACGACGACCAGAUCUCGCUGGAGGAGUUCAAAGAGGCGGCCAAGAGCGACCCGUCCAUCGUAUUACUGCUGCAGUGUGACCUCCAGAAAUAGGCCGGAGGGCGAGCGCAGCCCUCCACCAGCCGCCACGGACUGCACAGAAAGAAAUUUCAUGUUCCAUUCAGUUUGCAGCUAUUUCCACUGAAAAAAAAAUUAUAUGCUUGGACUACCUUUCAAUGGAUCUGCUUCUUGUGUUUGAAACACUCGUGUGCAUGAGAAUGUUAUUUGCUAUAAAAAGAUCUACACACAACAUACAAACAGUGUGCGGGUUCAAGAGUGCAGGUGCACACUCACAAUACACACACACACACACACACACCUCACUACAUAAGAACACCACGCACAAAUAAUAUAUAUAUAUAUAAAUCUAUAAAUAUGAAUAUAUAUUUAAAUUAUUCCAAGAUCAACUGCCAAAAUGUGAAGUGUGCAAAGUAUUUUCCAUAAAGUUUCAUUCUACUGGAGCUUGCGCAUCAGUGAUGUGCUACGUUGAAUUUGCCGCUACUCUAUUUAUCGUUACCGAGUUUACUGACGCUAGCUGUAUGUGUUUCAUAAUACCGAGUAAUGUCGACCGAACCAAAUUCCUAUGAUGAUGAUGUAUCUGCCUCCAGUAAGACACUCUUAUCCAUCGUCUCGAAAAAACAUUAGCUCUAGAAGAGAUGGAUCAGCGUUUGUCCAACUUUUUUCCUUCUGAAACAUGCUUGUACUGUCAGUAAAGAGAAAUGUAAACGUAGUUAAUUUGCAUGCCUUUAGGUUCUGCCUUAAAAAUCUCCUCAUUUUGCAUCCUGUAAUUGCAGACAGAAAGCCUUAUCAAGUGACACUCGGGAGAAGCCAUGAGAAAAGAUUUUUACUGAAUAGGGAGAAGAAAAGAAAUAAUCAUCUUGCAGUAGGUCCUUCUACAAGUAUCGUCGUAUGGGAUGUAAUUUUUUGUGAUCUGUCGAGACGUUUUCUUUUGACUGCUUUAACUGUGGGAGCAUGUUUCCUUCGUAGAUUAACCGUAGUGUAUGUUCCCCCCCUCCCUCGUGCAUCUCAAACACACUUAUCUCGUUACAACUGAGUAGAUGUCGAAUGUGGAGGAAUCCAUCGUUUUGGACGCGGAGAUAAAUUGAUGCAUUAUUGAAGCAAAUGGACGUGUGAGAUUAAGCAUUUUAAGAUUAGGAUCCCCCCCCUCUCCCCCCUUUCUGGAGAAUGAAUGACGCUUCCUUUAGCUGGAUUUCAAGAAGUAUUCAUCUAAACUGUCAUCAGUUAGUUAUGUGUCACCAUCACAUCCUCUGUUUCACUACGUUUAGCCUGCAGGUUGCAUAUCAACCACGAUAAAUUCAGAGGAGAUUUGCUGAGGAGAAGACAAUACUGUUAGGCCCCGCGCAGCAUUUUAACUCUCUUGUUUGUGUUUUUUCAGUGGAAGUAAAUGAAUGCUAGUUAGUGAGAGGAGCAAGUGAAUGGCGUCUCAUCAUACACUGUAACUAGUAGAGGACGGCCCGUACUGUGAAGCCAUGUUUUUUCGCAGGUUGGACUAUUCGCCCUCCCUGACCCUCGAAGUAUUUCUCUCUUACCGAUCCAGUCAAUCUUUUUGUACUUUUUUACUCCCCUCUCUCACACAUUGUACACGUGCUGAUGCAUAGUAAAUGUAGAGAAGUUCAGCGUGGUUACCUCCUGAAAAGCAAAAAAAAAAAAAAAAGAAAGAAAACAAUUUGGAAAUAACCUGUAAACCACCUUGUACCUUCUUCUUCUUCAGUAAGGUUACCUGGCCCCCCGUCUGAGAGCACCGAUAGCACCAGUGCUUUGUAAGAGCUGGAGGAGGUCAGAGGAGACAGGUGAUGUGUCACAACGUACAGCACUGCAAUAAAGAUCUAGCAUUGUUAGUCCAUCGUCAUCUCGCCGCAGUGUGGCUUGCCAACCCCACCCCCACCCAUCAGUUUCUAAUCUGAACUUCUUUACAUGAACAUCUUUGGGCCAGACAAUGUUUCUAACUCCAACUCUGUUAAUUGCUAUCAAGAUACCAAAUGUAAGCAAAGGCAAACGUGUACAAGGAUUCUUUUGUAGCAUGUAUUGUGUCCCUGACGACAUGGCUGCACUACUCCCUGUGUUGUGAUUUAAUCUAAUAAAAGGAACUCUAUGGGC